AUGUCUCGAGAUGCAAUGGCGGACACGCCAUCAGGUGGUCCCAUCACUAACACGAAUUUAAGUCUACCAGUUGAAAGCAAGGAACUUCUAAAUCCCCCACUAGAAGAGUUGCGUCAAGGUAUGUUAUCUUUUUCCAUAAUCGAAUAACAUCCAAUUCAGUAUUGAGUCUCCAGAGUACCUACAACCUCUUGUUGUGGCAUGUAUAGCGAGCGAAGUGGACAUGUGAACCUUUAUCCGCCCUGGUGAUCAUGAUGUGGUUCGCCCGUUUGUUAUUCGCCGAAGGCGAUCAAAUUAUUAUUGUUUCAAUAUGGUAACGUUUCUUAUCCUAGCACAAAAAAAGGAUGUGGAUACCAUUUAUUCAACUGAUUUUUUUUUUUCAGCCAUUCAUUUAUAUUUCAUACAGAGAACGUAAUGCAGGGAGGGGAGGAUACGGGCACAUUAAGUCAUUUGAACACUUCCUUUGUCCCCUCUCUGAGGGAUUUUGACCUCUCAUUUUGUCCCAAACGGCGGUUUUGCUAUCCCCAGAAAGAAAUAUUAUAUGGACUAUUUUCCUGUGUGUCCCAAGGGUCAGGGAUUUGACCCAAAAAUUGCCAAAAAAAUUGAAUGUGGCAGUUAAGCACAUACCUCCCCCCUCACACCAAACAUUGGUACCUGCAUAGCAUUAAACCUUCUAUAAUUGAUAUUUAGGCUUACUUUGCUUAUUUCUGUUUUUGUAGUUCUUAAGGAUGGUUUAUCUAACAAUUUUGCAAGGGUGGAAGUCAGUGUGGAAGAUUGCCCUGAUUUAAGAGAGAAACCCUUUUCACUUGCUGCUCAAGGUAGGAUCUCUUUUGUUACCACAUAGCUUUUGUUGUCUACUCUGUAGGGAAAAAAUCGCAUUGAGCUUUAUUUAUAGUGUCAAUUGAUCAAGGCAAGAAAGCAGAAUUAAAGCAUAGAUCCCAAAUUUUCAGUUUUUUUCUGUACACUUACCAGUAGGCUAAAGUAGGCAAACAAUCCUGAGGGAGACAGUUAAGUUUGUUUUCCUGAGAAUCCCAAUGUUAAUUAAAACUUGAAGGAAAACAAAACUGGGUGGUCAUUUUCUAAAACCUUGAUUGGUCUUGGAGGGUCAUUUUUAGAUAAGGGAGCAUUACCUGGGAGUCAUUUUAAUAAAUUUCAUGAAAGUAGAAUAAUACAGUAAAGAGCAUGAAUAAUUGAAAUUGAAUGUAAGAGCUGUAAAUAGUAAAUCUUACAAACACAACUGUAUUUGAUUUGGGGGGUCGGUUUUAAUAUCUUCUAAGCUUUUUCAGAAUGGCUGCCUGACCCCCUCACGGGUAAUAAACAACUAGCCCCCAAAAUUAAGUUCUGUAAGGAGAAUUGAUGGAAGGUUCCUUAUAACUUCAAGAAUUUAAGUUGCAGCAACCCUGUUCAACUGUAAUGCUAUGAAUAUUAUUUGAUUUCAUAAAUGAAAUUCUUCCAUGUUUGAUUAUGAAUUUUUAAUCCCUUAUUAAAAGGUAUCUGUGGAAGAACAAGAAUUGCUGAUGUUGGUGGUGUACCUUAUCUCAUCCCAUUACCAGACCUAUCCAAGGUAAACAGCAACAAGCUACAUGACUUAAUGGGCCUAUUAUGCCCAAUAAAAUUAUGAUGCCAGGCUGUCUCACCUGAUUAGGGUUUCCUGCUUUGUUCUGCAUUAACAGAUUUUAUUUGGGCCAUAUGAUAAAUCCUUGACCAAGCUUGCUCAUUCAAAAUGAAAUUUUCUGCUGAUGUUACUAACAUUAGAAAAACACCAUAGAUCUACAGUUUCAAUGAUGUGGCAAACUCUGUAGAACUUCCUGAAGGAUUUAUCAUUGGAGCAGGAGCUGGGAGCAGUAAAUUUGUUGGAGUCAAUUGUGAGGUAUGAAUCUUAUUAACAUUAAACAUUAAACAGUAUUUAGGUCUAUGUAGCAGAAAUGCCAUGAACACUUUUAACAAGAAUCACAGAAAGCUGUAAGAGUAGAAUGAGAAACCCAAACAUUGUGCAUUUAUGAAAAAAAAAAUUUUAUGAAUAAAAUUUUACAUGUACUGUACAUGUACUUUAUGUUGUGUCAAUGUUUUGUUUUGCACAGUGAGUGAAUGACUGAUUAGAAAUUGAUAAUGCAAUAACCUAGGACAGUAACCCUGAUGGGAUUACACUUUCUAGCUGAAAAUCUCUGGAUCUUAAUAAGCAUGCAUUUAAAUGAAUUUUUUAACUUUAAUAUGACUUUUGUAUUUCAGAUGAUGGCAAAUUUGGUUACUAGCUCAGAGAAUAAGGGAGUGAUUGCAACCAAGAUUGCAAAAGUUAAUGGAGAGGUAUCAAAGAAAGAAGUCAGUUACUUUAUUAUGGGAACUCCCAUCCAUACAUACACACCAUAUUAUAAUAUUAUCUCAUUCAUAAAUAUAACCUGAGAAAAUAGCCAACAUUUGGCAACGCUACCACUGGUUUCCCCACCAAAUGACAUCUGAGAAAGAAGCACAGAAAUUCCAUACCGAUGAUGCACACUACCCAGAUCUGGGUAGUGCUUCUGAUUGGUUGAAUCAAAUUUCCCACAUGGCACGACCAAUCAGAAGCACUACCCAGAACAGGGUAGUCUUGCAUCAUCGGUAUGGAAUUUCUGCGCUCAUUUCUCAGACGUCAUUUGGCGUUAGAAACCAGUGGUAGCAUCGCCAAAUGUCGGCUGCCCUAGGCUGUCAUAAAUACUUAAAAAUCAAAAGUUAAGUAAAUAUUUGAAUUUCAUGAUGCAAAUUUCCUUUAAAAUGAAAGCCAUAAGGCAAAGUCAUGAAACUAUUCAUCAUUUUUAGGCAACAAUAUUAUUAUUUUAUCAAACUGAAUUCAUUACAUCUCUGCAGUGAGUACAUGUGCUUUUUUUAUAUAUUGUUUUGUUACUUUAUGCUAUAAGUUCUUCACCUUGUGAGCCUUGAGCAAUGUCUUAAGUUCUGAUCCCCAUUUUUUGCAUGUUACAGAAUGGAUCCUGUGUCCUGCAAAGUUAUAACUGUGGGGACUUUAACUUGUUGGGGAAUUUUCUUGUCAGUGAUGGAAAUUCAGGAAAGGUAAAAAGAAACAGCUGAGAAAUUCAAAGCCUUAACAUAAAAUUUGACUACAGAUUGUAAAUGUCAUGUAUUUUACACAAAAUCCUUGUUGGAGAAAGUGUUUUACAUCCCAGGACAGCCAUCUGGGCCUAGUCCUUUGUUGCAGUUUUAGUCUUGUCAUACAUAACUUCGCCCCAACAGGAAGAGGAGCAUUCCUUUAUGAGACAAAAACGGCUGCGAGGGAGACUAACUUGGGUCAUGCACAGGUCUAGCCCUCUCCUGAGCAAAGCAGAUCCUUCUUCCUCAAACUGCUAUAAGAUACUGAUUAUUGGUCCCAAGGCCUUCCGUAACAAGCACUUCACAGACUAAGCUAACCAGGCCGCAGUGAACAUAGCCUGAGACCAAGCUCUCCAUUUCAAGUGGCAAGCGAAACGAGAGCUGCAAAAGAACACAUCAACAAGAGGGGCUUUUACCACCCAAUCUCACUCUUAUGACUCCCCCAAAUUGAUUGCUUAUUCACAGGCUACAGUGAACAAAGUUGAAAGAUCAUUACUAGUCAAAGAAGUUAGAAAAACAAAGACGUGACUUAAGAUUCAACUCGAAAAGAAAACUUGUGACAGACUGUAAUCCAUCUCCAUGUUUUUUUGAACGUGUUUCAUCAGGUCUUGAAGGUUACUGCCAGCAAGAGGACUGGUGAUGAGAAUUUUGUCACAUGCAUGCGGCACACCCUUGCUCGUCACUAUGGAGAUGAGCCGGUUGGAUUGGGGGGUGUGUUCGUGAUAGAGAAAGGCAAGGCUAAGAUUCACGUGAUGGUAAGUCAUUAUAGUACGAAGCUAUAUGAGGCUUACGCUCACUUGUGCGAAUUCGGGGAAAAUUCGCACUAGUGAGUCUGCUCGCAGGCUAUUGAUGUUUAUUCUGAUUAAGCUCUUUCUUCUUUUCAGAUCUAUUAUAAAUGUUGUUAUUUGUGGUUUUCAUUUCAUCGCACUAAUGAACUUAACUUACUUACAAAGAGAGAUUGAACGAGUAUGUUCUUUUGUCACAUUAACAGCCAAGAUUUUCCGAAACUCCACUCAAGACAGACGCUGAUGUCAACAACUGGUUAAAGUUCUACGAAAUGAGUGCUCCACUUGUGUGCGUUGGAGUCUUUGAAAGUCACGACCCGGUAAGUUUAUUGACAGUGUUGUUAGUUACCUCGGAGAUCGUAUAAAUGCAUUUAAAAUUCAGUUUAAAGGAGUCACGUGGUCAGAUGUUGGUGUGUGAGCGCAUGCUCAGUAGUUCGCUAGAUCGUUCUUGAUUUGAAUACCAUUGCCUCUUCUAAAGAGUAGUAUAGGAGCUGCUUGGAAGGUCUCUCCGAAUUGGUCGCAGGAAACAAUGACAUGUCAUUCUUCCAACUGUUGUUUGGGGUGAGGGAGACGCAGCCCUCCUAAUAGUCUAGUCAUUCUAAAGUUAGACCUUGAACUAAUUGCAACAGAAAGUCCGUUUGCGCCAAACAACUAUUUAAGUGACCCUAACCAACAUAUUAAAAGUCUACCAAAAUCUACCCGGCGGAAAAUCGUUAAUUUACCGGAACAUUUUCAACUAAUUUGCAUAAUUUCAAAAGGGCUGCUUGUUUGUGUUUUUUGGAAUGUUAAAAAAGCGCAGCUGAAAAACAACGUCAUUAAAUAAGUUAUUUAGUUGCUCUAACCAACAUAACAAAAAUUCAGAAAAAUCUAUCCAAGAGAAACGCUCUCAUUCGCUAAGAACUAUUAUGAACAAUUUAAAAAUGGCGGCUUGUCUGUUUUUUGACACAAAAAAAUUUAUUGGGAAUUCGUUGUGAAUUUAAAGUAAAAAUAGCAACUUGGGUAAGCGCAAAUGCAAAACAUCCACAACACUAUACUAGUUAUUUAACUCUUUUUUUUUAAAAAAAAAAAGGCAAAGCCUUAGCGGCAAAAAUGUCAUCUUAUCACAGUUGCACUAAUAACAUUGUACUAAUAACUUGUACU